CUUUAGUAAAAAAAAAAGCAAAAAAAAAAAAAGAGAAAAGAAAAAAAGGGAAAAGGACUUUUGUCGUGUUGAGGACAGGAAAAGGACGACGCAGCAGAAGACGUGUUGGGAGAUACGGAUGCGGUUUUCUGCAAGCUAUGGGGGGAUGGCAGACGCAAUUCGAAUGGUCAGAUUGGAUAACAAAAGGGUCUUGAAAAACAAAGGGGGAGGUGAGGAUUAUUCAGGAUUCACUACUGAGACGAGAGCAUCACUCCGUGAGAGAGCCUUUUCGUUUCACCGGCAGGGAAAAGCAGAGGACUGUAGAGCCAAAGGAAGGGAAGAGUUUACCGGAGAUACGAAGCUGACGAUAGCAAAGGAAGCUUCGAGAGAACUGAUGGCCCCUAAGAGAGACUGGUUCGGUAAAGUUCGUGCGGCCAAGAAAGGAGCCGGAUCAUCGUCCGGCCAGGCUGUGCCGGUCACGGUUGUGCAUGUAGAUGACACUCCACCCUCUCCCGAAGAAGUAUGGACGCGGAAGAGAAAAGUCGCACGGGUUGAGGGAGUGACCAACGUACUCGGCAAAGGAAAAACCGGCAUCGAGGCGGGGGAAUCAUCACCCGGUGUAGAGAGGACCGUAAGAGAGAGCGGUGACCCGUCCGAACUUCGCCCUUUGCCCCAAGGGAUGUGGGACCCCGGUUUCGAUCUUAGACACAAGAUCGAAUUCCAUUUCGAUGCUGCUGAGGAGAAGGUGAUGGCCUCCAUGUCCGAGCAACAAAUGUCUGAGUUCUUGCUCGACGUUCUUCUUCGGGCCGGUGCCGCAGCUUUCAAAAUGGUGUAUGCUUCUAAUAGAGGGGAAGUUCAAAGCGAAGUGAACCGCCUCCGAAAGGAAUUAGAUGACCUCAAUGCUACUCACGCAAGUUGUGAGGAAAAGGCCGAGGAAGCUGCAAAGGCCCUUGCAGAAGUUAAGAAGGAGGUGGAAGGGUUGCGUAAGAUUGGUCAAGAGCUGAAGACCGAGCGUGAUAAUGUGCUGAAGGACAUGGAGGAGGCUAGGAAGAAUAUUGCGAGGCUGAGUGAGAUCGAAAAAAAACGAGAAGAGUUGGAGAAGACAAAUGUCGAACUGAGGCAGGAGAGAACUGAGUGGAAACAAACCGAGGCCGAGAUGAUGGAAGCAAUUGACCUUGAACAUACGAAGGGCUUCAAAAAGGCAUUGAGGCAAAUGAAUUUCUUGGCCAAGGUUGAUCCUGCAGGCUUGGGCUUUGACAUAGAACAGGACAUCUAUGAGGGACGUAUGGUGUCGAUCGAUGACAUUCAUGAGGGCACCUUUACUGAAGAAGGUGAUCCUGUUGUGGAGGCGGCCGGUCAAGAAACUGGGACCGAGCAGAAUGAAGCAGUCAACACAGAGACUUGAAGAUAAUAUUUAUGCCUUAUUUUGUAAUCUCUGUGGGAGUGUCUUAAACACUAUGUUUUGUUUCUCUUGUUAUUUGGCCCAUGUGGGCAUUUUACUUCUGAAUUUGAACUUUGUACCUUUGUUUUUUGAUCUUGGUGUGAAUACAUUGCAUGUUUGAAUUCUCCAAACUUCACAUGAUUGCUUGUCGCCAGAUCGUUAGGAUAAAUCAUCGAGACUUAGUCGAUUUGAGGCUUGGUUGGUUGUAAAUCUUGAACACGCUUGGUGUGUUGUGUUGUCGCUCGUUUUUGUAACAAGUAGGCUUGAUUGGAUCAAACGCGGUCGGUUUUGUGUAAAUAGUGGACAUUAUAGUCUGUAAAAGGAUACACAACAAAUCAGUAAGGAUAUUCAACCUCACCGGGAACAAUAAUCAGCAACAAACACCUACCAGAAACCUUCGACUUAAGGUCGUUGAACUUCAGACAAUUCACCAUCUUCCUCGAAGAAAACGGACGGGAUAGUUUAAUCAAAAUAUCCAGGUCCCUCUUUUCGACGUCAGUCAUAUCCUCUUUAGGCCAAGAGGUCAAAGUUCGAGGAUUUCUAGUCCAAAAUAAGGGGAACUUGGAACUACCAUCAUCGUUUAGAAAAAAUGGCUUACCCCUCGAUUUAACUGACACCUUGAAAAAGUGGUUUUUGAAGUCUUGAAACGACUCAGCAAACAAGUGAAAUAUGGCAUCCUUUGCCUAGGAACUAAGGGAAACCCACCCCUUUUUGGCGUUCGGCCGGCUCUUGAAAAAAUACAAGAAUAUUUUGGCCGUUGGGUUAAUAUCUAGGGCUUGACACAAUACACCGAACGCUUGGAUGUACGCCCAGCUGUUCGGAUGUAAUUGGGAAGGAGCUACGUUUAGGUAUCGGAGGACAUCCAUUUGGAACCGAGUAAAAGGAAGACGAACGUACAUAUGGUAAAAUAAACACAGAUACAUGUAAAAACAACCCUCUUCGGCGACCUCUUCCCCGUGAAACACUCUUUCUCCCUUCUUGCAAGCCACUAAGUUCACGGCGGCCUUAUAGCCUAGGGUUCGAAGGAUGCAGUUAUCUUCUACCCAUCCUGAUAGUAUAUCUCUACUAAUAAAAAUAGUGUAUUGCUCACCUACUUCCCGCGAUGCCCACGAAUAAUCUAAGGAACAAGAAGCACAUUCUUGCCCGGAAUUUUCUACCUCGACCCCGCCAUUAACAAAAACCUUGUCACCACUCAAUAACGACUCUACAGACCCUACGACUCUACGGCUAGAUGACGACGGAACAUUACGAUUCCUAUUUUCACUAUCAGACAAAGUAAGGGCAGGAGGGGAAGAAGCCAUUGUUACCUGGAAAUGGAGGUCGAAGCAAGUGCAGAAUACUUGGGCAAAGCAAGAGCUUCUGAGGGCAAACGCAGGAAACAACGAUGAAAUGACGGUUCAUUUCCAAAUCAUUAUACUUUUCAAAAGCGUGGAGGUUACGAAAAUGUCGCAUUACCUACACCGUUGGAUGCCUGAGAUCUAACGUUCUAAUUUGGCGACUCUGCCACUACCGUAACGCGGGAAAAUCCAUUUAUGUGUUUAAAAGUUAAACGACGAUAUGAUUGCGUCGUUUAAUUUACACUGGCAAAACUACACAUGUCUGUUUGCCUACCACUAGGGCACUAAUCAGUACGAACGGUCAACAAUACGGACNACUCANUUAUCCCACACCAAUCGGCCACUAUCCUUCCCAACACUCAUCAAAGUCCUGCAGUCACAUCAGGCUAAAGCCUCGUCCUUCCUUUGGACUUGGGGGGAUGAUGUACGAUAGUAUAUCCCGGACGACCGGUUACACCGAACGGUCAAGCCUACCAGGUAAAUGGGCCGAAUUAUCCAGCCUUAUUGGGCUCAACAAACACGAAUAACGGAACAGUAUCAUCAUAUAUAUCUCGUAUCAAAUAAUAUCUCAACAGAGAUAUUUCAGGUAAGUUUGUUUAUAUUUCAUUCUGUUUAUAUUUUAUUUUGUUAUAUUGAUCCAAAGCCUAUAAAUAAAGAACAAAAGCCUCCAAACAAGGUACGCACAAUUUAGCUUACUCUACGCACAAUUCAACCUACACUGAUACUCUCAUACUUGAUUGAGUUCCACCCUCUCUCCGUUCUAGGCAUCCACUUGCUGAGGACAGAGGUCCUUCCUAUAC